AUGUUUAUCCCCCCUCCACUCAAAACACACAUGUAGUUUCAGUCGCUGCUUCAUAACUUUUUAUUUCACCACAUGAGAACACCUCUCGUGACGUCACGGCCCCCUCCCUCUCCCUCCUCCGCCCUCAGCCCUAAACGCACCAGGGAAGAGUGUCGGUGUAUCAGUGCGUCCGCCGCCGCCGGCUGCUGAGCGUCUCUCUGCCCACAUGCACGCAGCGAAGCUGCAGACUGAGAGCAGGACCGGCUUUGGGAUUUACCAUUCCGAGUGAACACCUGGAUUACGAAACACAAUUUUUAUUUUCAUUUUUUUCUCUCUAUUUGUUUUGUUAUAUUUCUCGAGAAAUAAACCUGCCAGCAUGUCUCGCACUCCAGAUGGUGUGAGCAAGCUCACUGAAAGUACAUACAAGAAUGUGAUGGAGCAGUUCAACCCAGGCUUGAGGAACCUGGUCAACCUCGGGAAGAGCUAUGAGAAGUCAGUCACAGCGAUGACCCUUGCUGGAAAGGUCUAUUUCGAUGCCGUCUCAAAGAUAGGAGAGAACGCUACCGUGUCUCCAGUCUCCAGGGAGCUUGGUGUGGUCCUGAUGGAGAUAGCAGAGGCCCAGAGGAAGGUCCACAAUGAACUGGAGGAAAACUUCAAGAGAUUCCACAGAGAGGUCAUUAUUGAGCUGGAGAAGAAGACAGAAAUGGAUGUUAAAUACAUGAAUGCCACCUUCAAGCGCUAUCAGUCAGAGCACAAGUUGAAGCAGGACUCCCUGGAGCGCUCUCAGACAGACCUGAAGAAGCUCAGGAGGAAAAGCCAGGGCAAGCACUCAUCCAAGUAUGAGAUCAAAGAGAACGAGUACAUGGAGACCAUCUCAUCGCGCCAGAUGGACAUGCAGAAGUUCAUUGCCGACGGCUGUAGAGAGGCGCUGCUGGAGGAAAAGCGGCGUUUCUGUUUCCUGGCGGACAAACACUGCAUGUUCUCCUAUCAAAUUAGCAACUUCCAUGAGAAGGCCAAAGAGAUGCUGGCUGUGAAGCUCCCCAGCUGGCAGGAAAAGUGCAGCGACAUCACCAAGGUCCCAGACACGGUGGAGACAAUGAUAGAUGGGCUUUCCACCACUCCAGAGCAAUCGCCACUUGUUGAACGCUACAACAGGAACAACAUGGAUUCUGCGGUGCCACCUCCAGCACCGCCAAUAAAGGCUCAGAUCAGUCCACUAGCCAACAUGUUCAACCAAGAGCCUAGAUCUUCACUCACUUCCUCUUCAGACAAAAACUCAGACCAGGGCAGCCUUGGAGAGGGCAGUCUGUCCAGGUCCCCAUCCCUAUCGUCUGGUCUCAACAUGGCCAGGAAGCCACGAGUUAGGACCAUCUUUCCCCACACGGCGGGCAACAACGACACACUCCUCAGCUUUGACGACGGCGUCAUCAUCGCUCUGCUCAUCUCAGAGGAGAAGGACGGCUGGCUGUACGGAGAGCUAGAGAAGACACGGCAGCGGGGCUGGUUUCCCUCAUCUUACUGCAGACCUUAUACUGAGCCUGUGAUAUCAAAUAGCAGCAAUAUGGGCACGCCGGUGCGUAGUCUGAGUGUGGCCAGUCUGCCAGAGCAGGAUGAAGAGGGGCCGGUGUUGCUGCCGCCGCCAGACUACAGCGACGAGCUCCCCUCCCGCCCAGCAGUCACCUCAACACCCUCGCCACAGCACACGCAGGUUUCUUUAGUCAAUGGGACCGCAAAGGCUCCUUUUCUAGGAGGAGGGAAUCCAUUCGCCACGGUCAAGCUGAGACCAACUGUCACGAAUGACAGAUCAGCACCAAACAUCUAACACAGAGCAGGAGGAUUUUCACCGCUGUCAUGCCUUCGAGGGGGAAUCAUGCAACGUGGGACCCCUGCAACACACCGAGUAUCACCCUAACCUGACAUCUCACUAGCCUGCAUGCUAGUCUGUCUCAGUACCAGUCUGCUCUAUUAAAGGGAUCCAUUGUUUCUUGGUAUAAAUGUCU